UCGGAGGACCCUUCAAUUCAACUCUCGUGUCGAACUGCUUUACAUACUAUCUGCACUUCAGCUCCGAUCUAGGUCUCAUACAACGAACAUAGUUCACGACUACCGAACUUGCCAGUUCUUACGUGCCUGAACGGGGCAGCAGCAUACGAAAGUACGCGGGUUCGCUACGGGUCUGUACACGCAAUGGGACUCCACGGUACUGGUUAUGCUGUUGUUCCAGCAGACGAUGUGGGCAGUGUACUAGAUGCGAACGCAUCGUCACAGGCCCUGCUUCCACGAGAAGCCCGGCUGCAUGGAGGCACGCUGGUAGUUCACCCGGAUGGUCACAGCUACACCUACUCCUAUGGACCCAAGGGACUUUCAGGCCUGCUCCACAACUACUACGCCCUCGGAUGUGCGGUGUUCGUCUCAAUAGGCGGACUGCUGUUCGGUUAUGACCAAGGGGUGAUCGCCAAUGUGUUGGUCAUGAAGGACUUUACGGAGAGGUGGCCGAUCGGAGCUUGGGAAAAAGGAGUCAUGACUGCUUUGCUCGAGCUCGGCGCUCUCAUUGGUGCACUAGCCGCAGGUGUGCUCGCCGACCGGGUUUCGCGAAGAAAGGCGAUCGUGCUUGCGUGUGUCGUGUUCUGUAUCGGGUCUGCGUUCCAAUGUGGCGCAGAGCGCCUGGCACACCUCGUCGUCGGCCGGGCCAUCGGUGGGCUGGGAGUCGGUGCGCUGAGUAUGCUCGCUCCUCUUUACAUGGCCGAGAUCAGUCCUCCCGAGGUCCGGGGCUCGCUCAUGGCCCUUGAGCAAUUCUCCAUCGUGCUCGGGGCAGUAUUAGGCUUCUGGACAGGCUUCUUCACACGCAAUGUGCCAGGCCCAAACUCAUGGCGCGUUCCUCUCGGAAUCCAGCUCGGUCCUGGCAUUCUACUCGCAGUAGGAUGUUGGUUUCUUCCUCCGUCUCCGAGACUGCUCGUCAUGCAAGGACGCACGGAAGAGGCUCUGCACGCGCUAGCAAAGUUGCGCCUCCGGACACCCGACGAGAUCCCAACAGAUCCUCUGCUCAAGGUCGAACUACUCGAGAUGCAAGUCGAAGCCCAGCUUGUAGCGCAGACCAUCGGCCUCGAGGACGACGUAAAGACCGGCACGCUCCAUGCCGAGGCACUCACCUGGGCGCGGCUCUUCGGGCGCAAGUACCGCAGGCGCACCUUCAUCGGCGUCAUGAUGAUGUUCUUCCAGCAGUGGAGCGGGAUCAAUGCACUGCUGUACUAUGGGCCGACGCUGAUGCGGGAGCUUGGCCUGCAAGGCGAGAGCGUGACGCUGGUGGUCUCGGGUGGGAUUGGGAUUGUGCAGUUCUUCGCGGUGUUGCCUGCGAUUGUGUUCAUUGAUAGGCUAGGGCGCAAACCUCUGUUGAGAGGCGGCAGCGCAGUCAUGGCACUCUCGCACUUUUGCAUCGCGACUCUGGUAUGGUUGUACGAUGAUGACUGGCAGUCACAUUGGUUUGCGGCCUGGACUUCUGUCGGAUGCGUAUACAUCUUCACUGCGGCUUAUGGCAUGAGCUAUGGACCGAUAGGUUGGGUCCUCCCGAGCGAGGUCUUCCCCCUCUCGGUUCGGAGCAAGGGCGUGUCGCUCUCCACCGCGUCCAACUGGUUCAACAACUUUCUCAUCGGUUUAGUUACGCCGGAGCUCAUGGAGUCAUCAGCCUCCGGGACGUUCCUUACCUUCUCCACCGCGUGUUUCGUAGGCUACCUCUGGUCGACCUACAUCGUGCCCGAGACCGCGAAUGUCUCCCUCGAGGAUAUCGACGCUGUAUUUGGCUCCUCAGCAGGCCGGGAGGAUGUGGAACUCAAGGCACAGAUUGAACGAGACCUAGGACUGCAUGAAGUCAUCGGUCAAUGGAGCGUGCCGGCGGGUCUGCGAUGACCGCGGAUAAGCUCCGAGUCCGGCGUGGUACUCGGUGCGCCCUGAUUAAUGAUUGUCGUCCUUGUCUUGGCUUUCUUUGCGUCAGUAGUCGACGUUUGGGAUAGAGGGAAUAGUUGGGUCUAGGAUAAUUGUAUCGUAUAAGUAGCUAGUAGGCCCCCGUACUACCAGCGGCGGGGCAGCAGGGGGCGUUGUAACAACUUGAACAAGAGUAGAUGAUAUUGUGGCUAGUAAAGUACAUAAUGAUGAUAUUGUACGGUUGUUAA